AUGUCUGAGCCCAAAACUGAGACCGAUUUCGAGACCCCAGCGGUCGUUGUUGGCCAAAAGAGAUCUAACUCCGAAAAUGGAAGUGGCCCAGCCUCGAAGAAACCGAAUACAGGCGAUCCAGAAGGUAAGUCUCACUGAUUGUUUGAUGGCAUGUUUUUCUUUUAGUUCAAGUAAAAGUCUUGAUUCCUGCUGGAGCGGUUGGAGCUUUGAUUGGAAAAGGUGGCGAGGCUAUGCGUCAGCUGAAGACCGACUCAGGCUGCCGAGUUCAAAUGUCGAAGAACCAGGAGAUGUUCCACAGUAAGUUCGCGUUUUAUUGUUAUUGCUUUUUUGGAGGUUUAGGUAUAGAAAUUAAUUUGAUGUCAUUGUUUGACCUUUCUUAUAAUUUUAGACACGAACGAACGUAUUUGCCUCGUGAAAGGAAAGGUUACUGCCUGUAUGAUGGUUAUGAAAGUGAUCCUUGAGAAGAUUCAAGAAAAGAUUGAAUCAAACAACCCAGCUGAUCCCUUUGAUCUCAAGGGCCUUAAUCGUCCAAACGAAAUGAAGAUUGUUGUGCCCAACACUUCUGCAGGUAUGGUUAUCGGAAAGUCUGGCGCCAGCAUCAAGGAGAUCCGCGAAUCCACCGGGGCCAACAUUCAGGUGUACCCAAAAGCUGGGUCAGAAGAAGCUAAGCAGUCGAUGGAGCGUGUUAUCACAGUCGGCGCCGAACAAAAUCAGGUUCUCUUGGAUGCCAUCUCGAAGGUUUUAGAGAAGGUGGCAGCUGAUCCUCUUCAUGCUCAAGAAGCACAAAAGACUGAGCAGUAUCCAUCAAGCCAGUCAUUCGCUUUUGGAAGAGUCGAUUCUACUCCCGCUUUUGGUGGCCUCAGUUCGUUUGGGGGUUCCACUCAGAGCGUUUGGCAAUCCCAGACCUCAAUUGGUGAGUUCCAGGAUAACAAACCAUAUUGUACGUUGGAAGGGAAUUUUUUACCUCUCUUUUGCAGUGUCGGAUAAUGGAUUCAACAAGAGCUCGAGCUUCACUCCGCAGAUCAAAUAUAAUGGCGUCCCAGUCUUGAACAACAACGAGGUAUGUUCGAUUGACGUUUUAUUAUCUUCGUCUUUAGGUAAUCUCCUUCCUCGACAAUCUCCAAGGUACACUUCGGACCUCCGGAUUCACAGAGUCUGCUGUGGCUGAGAUAAUGCAAGCCAUGAACGUCUUGGCUCGUUAUAACAUCAUGGGAUUAGGAUUGGGUCUUGGAGUCGCCACGAUGGCUCAGUCCAGACAAUCUGAGCCCUCUCAUCAGAUCUUGAGCAAUCCUGGCCAGUCGAUGCCCCAGCGCUAUGAUCUGACUCAGUCGAUGAUUUCGAAUAAUGGCUUGUCCUCGAUCUUGGAUAAUGAUCGUUCAGAGGUAUGGGAUCCCUAUUAUGUGAAGCAGGAAUAUUAUUAGUCUGGCUUUCCUCAAUUCCCUUGUUUUACGGUGUGUAGUGAUCCGGUGUUCAUCCUUUAUUUGGUUAUAUUAUCCACAAGGGUUUUUGUUUGAAGAUCAAGAACAUCCUCUCUGUUAUUCGGUUAUUCAUUUGCACUUUUUUAUGCUUGCAAUUUAUCCUUGCACUUGUGUUAUUUUUAUGUUCCUUCUUUAAGAUAAACUCCUCCUCUAAUCAGCUUGUUUUCAUAAGUAAUAUAAGUAUUUUAGAGCCUAAACCAGCCUGGAGGUGUUCUUAUUGACGUCCUUGGGCAGUCUAAUUCUGUAAACGAAUCUUUCGCUGCCACAGUCAUCAAGGAGCGUGUUAAUGAAGAUGGACGACUCGAAUUAGAGGUGCCUGAUGCAAUCGUUGGUGCUGUUCUUGGUCCCAAGGCAAAGACAUUGGUGGAGAUCCAACAAUUGAGUGGCUGCAAGGUCGAGGUUCACAAGAGAGGAACCGGAAAUGCAUCUACAGGGCACAGACUUAUUAGGUAAGUAAUAGUGUUGAUUUUGAGUUGAAAUCAUGUCUGAUCGCUUGCAUGUUGUGCUGUCUCUCAUACAACCUAUAUUUUAGUCUGACUGGCUCCCCCUCCGCCAUCGCGAAUGGUCGUCAAAUGGUGGAGAAGGUGAUCAAUAAUGAACAAGCGCGUCGUCAGCCAGCCUCCAACAUGGUCCGAUCUGGCUUCGCCUAA